CAGCGGUGCCAGGUGGGACCGCAUCUCCUCUGGCAGCCGCUGGCAGAGACAUUGCUUCACUCAGAAGUUUCCACCUGAAGGUGGACUUCAGAACUGAACUUAAAAAUCCUUAAGCAAGGAGUAGAAAUGAACGGAAAUUUCACCCUGAUGAAAACGAAAUAAAAAAGAAUAUUUAAAAUCAGUGCUAGGUUCCAGUCUCUGUAUUCUUUUUUCUCUUAGUAGAAACCUGGGGGUUUCCAUCAUUCUAGUGAAGAUGGAAAUCACAUGUCCAUUUUCUGUCAUCAAAAUGCACACCUUUGUGUUCCUUAUUAGCUUUCCUUUUUCCUUUUCCUAUUAUCACUUUCUUCUCCUAAUUUUCAUCUUCCCUUCUUCUGAUCUUGCUGUUUCCUGGGCCAGUUCUGUGUCCAUUUGUCAUACAGUUCACUUGUUUGCCAGUAGGGUUGUACCAGGCCGGGCUAAUGUGUGUGACUGCAGCUGAGAUAGAAUGCAAAGGCAGGCAGUUCUGCUGUGUGCCCCACCGGUGCACGGGGAGAAGGCACAUCGGUGUGAUCAGUGUUCUCUGGAACACUGUCACAUCCCCUACACUGCUCUCAGGGGAUGGUCCUGCAUUCAUACUCGUUUUCCUGCUGUUAUUAGCUGGCUCUGUUGAUGUAGCGAUUCCUCAUGAAGAUAAGCCUUAGAAAAAUAAAUCCUUUUCUUAUUUAACAAGUGAGUGCUUAUUUGAAAACAAACUUAGGCAAGCCCUGAAGAGCUAUACUGGAAAUUAAAGAGAUGUGAGAGAAGGAGAAAGAAAUGAGCCCGACUGGAUCGCACGUGGAAUGGUGUAAACAGCUGAUAGCUGCAACCAUUUCGAGUCAGAUUUCAGGGUCUGUCCCAUCAGAGGGUGUGUCCAGAGACUACAGGGUGUACAGGAGGCCAGUUAUUCGGCAGGAGAUUCAGGAUGGACACAAUGGCUAUCAUUCUGAAGCAGAACCUGAUCAGGUGGCACUGCGGGAUGGAAACAAACUGGCACAGAUGGAAGAGGCUCCACUUUUUCCUGGAGAAUCAAUCAAAGUUAUCGCUAAGGAUGUUAUGUAUAUCUGCCCAUUUAUGGGAGCAGUCAGCGGUACGCUCACAGUGACGGACUUCAGAAUGUUUAUCAAGAGUGUCGAGAGGGAUCCACCUUUUGUUGUUGAUGUUCCCCUUGGAGUUAUAAGUAGGGUUGAAAAAAUUGGAGUACAGAGCCAUGGAGACAAUUCAUGUGGUAUAGAAAUAGUUUGCAAGGAUAUGAGAAAUUUGCGGCUGGCCUAUAAACAGGAAGAGCAGAACAGACUGGAGAUCUUUGAAAACCUUGUAACACGUGCAUUUCCUGUUUCUAAUGGGCUGCCUCUUUUUGCCUUCAGCUAUAAAGAAAAGUUUGCUGUUAAUGGCUGGAAAGUGUAUGAUCCAAUGGCAGAAUAUAAGAGGCAGGGCUUGCCCAAUGAGAGUUGGAAAAUAUCCAAAAUUAACAACACCUAUGAGCUUUGUGAUACAUACCCUGCUGUUCUUGUUGUGCCAACCAGUGUAAAGGAUGAUGACCUCUCAAAAGUGGCAGCAUUUAGAGCAAAAGGGAGAGUUCCUGUGUUAUCCUGGAUUCAUCCUGAGAGUCAAGCAACGAUAACACGAUGCAGCCAGCCAUCAGUUGGCCCAAACGAUAAGCGUUGCAAGGAAGAUGAAAAAUAUUUGCAGACAAUUAUGGAUGCCAAUGCUCAGUCACAUAAACUUAUCAUCUUUGAUGCCAGGCAGAAUAGUGUUGCAGAUACGAACAAGGCUAAAGGUGGAGGAUAUGAAAGUGAAAGUGCCUACCCAAAUGCAGAGCUGGUCUUUCUGGAGAUUCAUAAUAUACAUGUCAUGAGAGAAUCCCUGAGGAAACUUAAAGAAAUUGUUUAUCCUACUAUUGAUGAGACUCGGUGGCUGUCGAACGUGGACUCCACCCACUGGCUGGAAUAUAUAAGGAUGCUUCUUGCUGGAGCAGUUAGAAUUGCGGAUAAAAUUGAGUCUGGUAAGACCUCUGUAGUGGUGCACUGCAGUGAUGGCUGGGAUCGAACUGCACAGCUCACUGCACUGGCCAUGCUCAUGCUGGACAGCUAUUACAGAACCAUCAAGGGCUUUGAAGUUCUUGUAGAGAAAGAAUGGAUAAGUUUUGGACAUCGAUUUGCAAUGCGAGUGGGACAUGGAGAUGAUGAUCACGCAGAUGCUGACAGAUCCCCCAUCUUCCUGCAGUUCAUUGACUGUGUUUGGCAAAUGACAAGACAGUUUCCUGCAGCCUUUGAAUUCAAUGAGUUAUUUUUGAUCACCAUUCUGGAUCACCUUUAUAGUUGUCUCUUCGGGACUUUCUUAUGCAACUGUGAAAAAGAGAGAUUAAAAGAGGAAGUGAGCACAAAGACUGUAUCUCUGUGGUCCUAUAUAAACAGCCAGCUAGAGGAAUUCACAAAUCCCUUCUAUGUAAACUAUGAAAACCAUGUCCUGUAUCCUGUUGCCAGUCUGAACCAUUUGGAGCUGUGGGUGAACUACUACAUCAGGUGGAACCCCAGGAUGCGGCCUCAGGUUCCAAUCCACCAAAAUCUUAAAGAACUGCUGGCCAUCAGGACAGAGCUUCAGAAGAAGGUUGAGGAUUUGCAGCGGGAAGCUGCCACGCGUUCCAUUUCCUCCUCCUCUGACAGAGGCUCAUCUCCUUCCCAUUCUGCCACACCAGUGCACACCUCUGUGUGAUGUGGAAUGAAAGCCAUGUGAAAAAUCAGUGUCAGGUAACACAGAGGAGGGUGAAAUGCUUUUCCCAUCACAAAAGGAUUGCGAGUGACUUGUGAUUGCUGUGAUCUUCAUGCCUUACUCUGUGUCUGAUACUAUCACGAUGAGGCCAAAAAGAGCUUCAGUAGAUGUGAUGUAUUUUCUUGUUGGCAGUUCCCACAUGUGUUUUGACACUCUAGCUAAGUCACCAAUCAUGAAAUUAAACUUUGUUUUGAGCAACUAACAAUUUAACCAUUCUAAAAAGGAAUCCAUCUGCCAAGCAGACAGAAAAAUGCCUCACACAUUGUCUAGAGUACUAUGCCUGGUUGAGAGAAUCAGAUUAAAUGCCACAUGAUGCUUACACAGAACACAAAAUGUUUUUCUGAAUGGGAGCUCCUUAUUUCACUCAGUAAUAGAUAUAUAUAUUUCUAUUUUUUUUUUUUUUUUGCUAGAGCAAUUUAUUUUUUUUAGGUAAUGCACUUGGAAAUUGAUUUUAAAAUAAAUGUUUUCCAGUGUAGUCAGUUUUACAUUUCGAACUAAAUAUGCCAUUAAAAGUGGAUGAAGUUGAGCUGGGUUUAUCAAGUACACCACACUGACUUGUAUGAUGUAAUAUAUUUGGUAAAGCAUGUAUUUUAGGUUUUUUAAUGCCUUUUGUACAAGUUGAAAUAAAGUCUUUUGACUGUUUAGCUUAUUGUUCAGUUUCAGCCUCCUGAGCGAGGGGUAAACUUGCUCAUGUCAAGGUCUUGUACAAAGUAAAAGUUUGUUUUCUAGGAAAUGGUAAUAUUUGGGGUUGGAAUGACACCCAGCAGUGUAAAUUGUAUAGUCUGUAUAGCUCCACAUUGUGAAGUGUGUUUUGUUUCUAAGUGUACACACAAAAUGCAAAGUGUUUAUACCCAUGUGUAUGUGAUGUUGAACAUAUGCAUCCUCCCGUGGGUUUAAGCUGUACGUUCAGAAAAUGGAUCCUGCCUGUCCAAACCCUUCUGAGGACCUUAACUUGCAAAGACUUUGUUUGACAAAGUUUUUUGAAUAAUAUGAUAUUAAUUGUUUUUCUUGAAAUAAAGCCUCUUGGCUUUUUGUUUUUUAAA